UGUCUUAGAGCAAUACAGCAGCCGUGUGCCCUGUAUCUGUCUAUCUUAGAGCAGCUCAGAAGAGACAGCUCCCCACCUCCUCACACAAAUCUCCUGUCUGUAAAUUGCUUUUUGCUGUCAUUUAGUUACGGGCGGUACAUCUUACAGCAUUGUUAUACGUUACCGUACUCUAGUUACAAAUGUGCUUUAGUUUCUGUUUAGAGCGCUAGGUACAUUUAACGGUCUCCUUCUGCCCCCGUGUGGCUGAUUUGCGGAACUCCUCUAAAUUUUCGACUUUCCAGUUUGCCAGAUUUUCCGAGAAGUUGAGUUACACGUCACCAUGGAACCUGUACUGGUGAGAAGACGUGUAACUGUGACCUCAGCAGUUCCUGCGUAUCAGCUGACCGUGUAUAAAAAGCAAGGAACGUGUAGCUCUGAUGCAAAACAAUAAUGGCUUCCCCCUCGCAGGCCCCUCCUCCACCCCGCGGAAGAGGCAGGUGCGUUUCUCGGCCCGCCACGACAUCAUGCUGCUUCGGGGGGUGAUCGCUCAGAACCCCUUUUCCUCCAAGGAGCCGGGCCACGUCUGGGCCAAGGUGGGCGAACUGAUCACCGCGGCGCUGCAGGAUGAGAGCUUCGAGGUGGACGCACGCCGGUGCCGUGAGAGAACCGCGCUGCUCCUCGACUACUACAAGAAGCAGGACUUCCCCAGCCUGCGGAGGUUCGGGACGGAGCAGCUGUACGCCCAGAAGGAGGAUCUCCUUCAUGAAGUGCUUGAGCUGGAGGCGGAGAGGGGGCUGCUGGGCUUGGUGGAGGGGAAGUACCAGGACGAGACGCCGGCUGAGCUGAGGAAGAGAGCGCUGGAGGAGCUGGCUCACCAGGAGAGCGAGAAGCCAGAGCAGCCACUGCCAGGGCUGGGGCCGGAGCACACAGGUCCAGCCGCCCCUGAGGUGGAGGAGCAGGAGCAGGAGCUUCCCGAGAUCCCGGCUCCGACGGCGAAACGCGCGUGCCAGUGCUGCUGCCAGACCUACUCGGAGAUCCUGACCUUCCUGGAGAAGCGCUCUGAGGCGGAGCAGCGUCUGCGUGAGGAGGAGAUGGCCCUGCGCAGGGAGGAGCUGGAGAUCCAGAGGGGGAAGAUCACGCUGGAGCGGGAGAGGCUGGAGGUGGAACGCAGGGAGCGGGAGAGGAGGUUCCAGCUGGAGAGUCAGGAGAGGCAGGUCAUACUGGACCUGCUCAAGGACAGGGUGCUGAAGUACUGAGCGCCCGGGCUACGGGAGAGAUAACAAUGCUUCCCAUUGGAGUCCCUCUCCCGAUCCAGGAGCUUAGAUCACCUUACCUUGCACCCAGGCCUGAGCUCUAGUCACUAGGCUUUCUCUAAAAGGGUGGGAAGCCAGAGAGGUGACUCAGCCUGCACUGAAAUGAAAGUGAAAUAGGUUAGUUAGCAGUUGGAAGUUCAAGCUGUUCCUCAGGGAAAGCACACAAAUCAGAGCCAGCCUCGUUCACGAGACACAUGGUAAGACAGUGGCUAAACUGGGUUUGGUAACCUGCAGCCCUCAGUGGAAGAAGCCAGAUUACCAAAAUUAUUUUUCUGGUGGGCUAAAAAGCAAAAGGAUUUUUAUGUGAAAAAUUAACAGUGGCUUGAUUUUAAACAUUAUUAUUAUUAUUUAUUUCUUAGCAGACACCCUUAUCCAGGGCGACUUACAAUUGUUACAAGAUAUCACAUUAUUUUUACAUACAAUUACAUUAUUUUUUAACACAUUAUUUUUUACAUACAAUUGCCCAUUUAUACAGUUGGGUUUUUACUGGAGCAAUCUAGGUAAAGUACCUUGCUCAAGGGUACAGCAGCAGUGUCCCCAACCGGGGAUUGAACCCACGACCCUACGGUCAAGAGUCCAGAGCCCUAACCACUACUCCACACUUGUAUGUUUCAUUAAAAAAAUGCAGUAAAUAUACUGCAUGCUGAUAAUAUGACAUUGCAAUUUUAGUUUUUUCAAUAUGUUUAAUAUAGUAGACCACCUUGAUGUAUUGUACUUUGCCACUGUAUUUGAAAACACAUGUACAACGUGAAAUAUGGAAGUGAAAUAUACAUUUUAUACAUGUCAGCAGUGUACUUUUUUUUAUUGAAUAUACAUGUUGGUAUUCUGAAGGGAUUACAUGUGUAUAUGA